ACUUGUAAGUUAAGAACAGAACAGAAGUCGCAUCUCGCCCACGCCAGACGUCUGCGUCCGUAGUGGUCCUCAGUGUGUGCGAUAGUCAAGCCGGAGUAAAUCGCAGCCCAUUGUCCGCGCGUGUCAACUAUCGGACCUUUAUUUUCAUUCAUAAACCCGCAUCUUUUGAAAAUGCGCUCCUUCGGAGGAAUUAAGCCCGGUCAGCUUUAGACGACGCUAAAUAAGAGAGCGGAGUGCGGAGUGCGAACUGCGACUGAAAUAGAAGUGAUUUUGUGCAGUCUUGGGCUAAAUACGAACGAUUUGCGGCCGAUUCUGAUGGAGAACUCGCUGUGAGGAUCCGUCACCAUGAUACGAACGGUGUGGUUGUUCUUCGCUUUGGCGACGUAUAGUUCUGCACUGCUUCCAUAUACGGCAAAAGGAAAUUUACCAAUACACGUUGUGAGAGGCAAAGGGGAAAGAACAGAACUGAGUUGUAGUGUAGCCGGUUCACCACAAACACACACAUUAUGGUACAAAAAUCACAGAAUUCUUCUUAAAAGUGAUAGAAUACAUUUACGUAAAACGCUUGUGAUUGAUAAUCUAAGUUUUGAAGAUGCAGGUAACUACACCUGCUUAAGUUGCAAUGUCUAUAGUUGCAUCAAUCGUACGUACAGCCUUCAAGUCGUUGAUGAUUUAGACAGAACCUCGGAUAACAGCGAGGUAUUGACAAAUUUUUUGAGCGACGAUAAUUUCGAUAAGGAUGAAGAUAUCUACGAAACUUAUAGUCGUACGAAACGUUCGACAAACGAUAGUCAAAAAACGCCCCCUGUUUUUGUAUAUCCUGGAAAAAUGUCCUCAGUUGUGGUAAAACCAGCUGGUAAUAUGUUGUCUCUAAAGUGUACAUCUAGCGGCAGUCCAGCUCCAAACGUAACAUGGUACAAAAAUAAUAAAACUCCGCAACGAAAAUUAGGCGAAAUUCGUGAUCAUGGAUCAAUAACCAUGGAGGAUUUAACCGUGGAGGAUACAGGCAACUAUACUUGCAUAGUGUGUAACGAACUAGGAUGCAUACAACAUACGUAUUUUCUUGAAGUAACCAAAGACUUUAUAUGGGAUCGUUCCAAACGCGAAACCGAACGGAAGGCUCCUUACUUUGUCAACCCUAAGAAAAUGCCGAGACUAGAGGUGAAGCACGCCGGUAACAUGGUCAAUCUAAAAUGUAAAGCUGGAGGUUUCCCAACACCGAAUAUAACGUGGUGGAAAAACGACAAAACACCUCCAAAACGGCAGCUUGGCGAAAUUCGUUAUCAACACUGGGGAAUGGCCUUAGAAGACUUAGUUACCGACGACACCGGCAAUUACACUUGCGUCGUAUGCAACGAACUGGGUUGUAUCAACUUCACCUAUUCCGUUGAAGUUAUUGAGCGCUUCCCAUCAAAACCGCAUAUUAAAAAUGGCUACCCUCAAAACUUUACCGUUUUGGUAAACACGUCGGUGAAAUUUGAAUGUCCUCAAACGAUCCCCGAUAUUGAACCGUAUAUAGAGUGGAUUAAAAUGGAAAACAGAGCUGAUUUUGACGAGAAUUCAUUGACUCUGGGGGGAGGCACAUACGAGAAUACAUCAUUUGCUGUGGUGCAGAAAUCUGGUGAUACCGACAAUCCAGAAGUUCACGAAGUUAAAAACGUAACUUUGCAAGACGAGGGAUGGUACGUUUGCAUUGCUACCAAUAGUUUAGGUCAGACUGCUUCUAAAGGUUACUUAAAAGUGAUAGAGAAGAUUGUAGAAACGAAGAUUCCUGAGUCAUCUAAAAAAUACAUAUUAAAUACACUUUCUUAUUUAAGUAAACUGGUGGAGGAAGAUCUAAAUCACAAUCGUCGUACCAAACGAUCUAUCGAACAAGUGCCGCCAUUUUUUAUCAAUGUUAAAGAAAAAUCAGAAGCAAUAAGUGUAUUGGAUGGUGAUUCGAUCCUUCUAGAGUGCGAGUCAAAAGGAACUCCACCUCCUAAUACUACGUGGUACAAAAAUGAUGAACUUUUGGAAUCGCGGUACCACUUUUCCACCUUGCCACUCAAUAACGUGACUUUGAAGGAUUCUGGCAACUAUAAAUGUCUGGUUUGCAAUGAAAUUGAUUGCGUCGAUCAUGUUUUCAAAGUGAAAGUGAUUGUAUCAUUUCCCAUGAAGCCGAUCAUCAUCGAUUAUGUCAACAAUAUUACUUUACUUACCGGCGAUAGCAAAAAUUUGACGUGUGAUUUUCCCAAGGGAAGUCGAAUUUACUGGUCACGAAAACUCUCCAAUGGAAGCAGUGUCUUUGUAAAGGAGAGUAGCAGUACGUACCAAAUCCAGAAUGCGACACGGUGGGAUGAAGGUUGGUACUCUUGUAUUAGUGUUACCGAUUUUGGCACCAAAGAAAUUGCAAGAUACCUGACGGUGUUAGAUGAUGACGAUAGUAAUGACAUCCCAGAAGACUUCACAUGGGUUCGUUUCAAACGCGAAACCGAACGGAAGGCUCCUUACUUUGUCAACCCUAAGAAAAUGCCAAGACUAGAGGUGAAGCCCGCCGGUAACAUGGUCAAUCUAAAAUGUAAAGCUGGAGGUUUCCCAACACCGAAUAUAACGUGGUGGAAAAACGACAAAACACCUCCAAAACGGCAGCUUGGCGAAAUUCGUUAUCAACACUGGGGAAUGGCUUUAGAAGACUUAGUUACCGACGACACCGGCAAUUACACUUGCGUCGUAUGCAACGAACUGGGUUGUAUCAACUUCACCUACUCCGUUGAAGUUAUUGAGCGCUUCCCAUCAAAACCGUAUAUUAAAGAUGGCUACCCUCAAAACCUUACCGUUUUGGUAAACACCUCGGUGAAAUUUGAAUGUCCUCAAAUGAUCGCCGAUCUUGAACCGUACUUACAGUGGAUAAAAUUAGCCAACACAUCUGAUUUUAACGAGAAUUCAACUAAUAAUAACGACACAGUUCUACAGAAAAGCGGUGAUACGGAUAAUCCUGAAGUUUACGAAGUUAAAAACGUAACGUACCAAGAUGAAGGAUGGUAUGCUUGCAUUGCUGCCAAUAGCUUGGGCCAGACUGCUUCCAGAGGUUAUUUGAAGGUUGUAGACCGGCUUGUAGGGCUUGACGUUGAGCAGAAGUUCAAUUCAAACAAUUUUAUCACCUAUGCAGCUAUAGCUAUAAUCUUGAUCCUUCUCGCAGUCUGUUCGAUUGUGGUGGUCUUCUUCAAAAAACUAAAAAUUGAAAAACAGAAGAAAAUUUUAGCCUUGGAGACAGUAAGAGCUGCGGUAGUGACACAGUGGACUAAGAAAGUGAUCAUCGAGAAAAUCCAAAAUACUACUGAAGAUGUGUCUGAACCUUUGUUAAUGCCUGUGGUGAAGAUCGAAAAACAAAAGACCCAAAAUAACAACUCUGGGGACGGGAUGAUUUCCGAGUACGAGUUGCCGAUGGACUCGGAUUGGGAGAUCCCAAGGGCUAUGUUAUCCCUUGGUAAAAGUUUGGGGGAAGGAGCUUUCGGAAAGGUCGUUAAAGCUGAAGCUAUCGGUUUGUUGAAACCUGGAGUCACUAGCAUAGUGGCUGUUAAAAUGUUAAAAGAGGGUCAUACUGAUAACGAAAUGAUGGAUCUGGUUUCGGAAAUGGAGAUGAUGAAAAUGAUUGGGAAGCACAUCAAUAUUAUCAAUUUGUUAGGGUGUUGUACACAGGGUGGUCCCUUAUACGUUGUGGUGGAGUUUGCCCCUCAUGGUAACCUGAGGGACUUUUUGAGACAACACAGGCCAUCUUCUGGUUACGAACCAGCGAUUGGAAUAGUAGAGAAAGAACGAAAAACUUUGACCCAAAAAGAUUUGGUUUCUUUUGCGUAUCAGGUGGCAAGAGGGAUGGAAUAUUUGGCGUCACGAAGGUGUAUACAUCGAGAUUUGGCCGCAAGAAAUGUGUUAGUCAGCGACGAUUAUAUUUUGAAGAUCGCAGAUUUUGGUUUGGCCAGAGAUAUACACUGUAAUGAUUACUACAGGAAAACUACAGAUGGAAGAUUGCCGGUGAAAUGGAUGGCACCUGAAGCUCUCUUCCAUAGGGUGUAUACUACCCAAUCCGACGUUUGGUCGUACGGAAUUCUUCUAUGGGAAAUCAUGACACUUGGAGGAACCCCGUACCCGUCGGUCCCAAGUGUCGAAAAACUUUUCCAACUUCUCCGUAAUGGCCACCGCAUGGAGAAGCCGCCAUGUUGUUCACUAGAAAUUUACAUUCUCAUGAGAGAAUGUUGGAGUUACCAACCCAACGAGCGCCCGAUAUUCUCCCAGCUUGUGGAGGAUCUGGACCGAAUUCUCACAUUUACAGCGAACGAAGAGUACCUAGACUUAGGUCUACCACAACUGGAUACUCCUCCAUCAAGUCAAGAAUCCACUGGAGACGAGGAAGAUUUCCCUUUUGCUAAUUUAACUAGUCAGUGUCCCAAUAACGUGCAGCUUGCGUGAUCGAUGAACUCGUAUAAGAGACUCAUUUUGUGUUUCAGUAAUCUGUAAUAAUAAUAGGAGUACACAUUGUAUUUUCACUUUUAAUUUCACUUUUAUUUAGUGCCACCAAAGAACAGAUGCAAUUUAGUGUAAGUGGUUACGUUAAGAUUAAGACUGUAAAUUUAUGUAAUAAUACAUUUUUGAUAACUC